UCUCGACCCUCACCAUAACCGUUACUCACAGCACUGCACUACAGAGCACAACAGCACUGUAUGCUUACUUAAAGGAUCUGAAGGACUGUAGCCCUAACCUUAACUGUUACUCACAGCACAGCAAUCACAGCACUACUACACAGGAGGACGAAAGCACGGUACUGUAUGCUGAGUUAAAGGAUCUGAAGGACUACCCUAACCUUAACUGUUACUCACAGCACUACUACACAGGAGGAGAAAAGCACUGUACUGUAUGCUGACUUUUUUACCUGAGGACGGACUACCCUAACAACCCUAACCGUUACUCACAGUCAGGCUGUCAGCACAGCACUGAACUACUCCGGACAAAAGCACCCACUGUAAGUUGACUGAUGGUGAUGCUGCUAGAGGGACCUUGUUGACGUUGACAAUUGACACCUUUGGAGCCUUGCUGUACGUGCUGAGAUAAUCGUCUGGAACAAAGAGACAGGUUCCACUUUCACCAUCUUCAUAAGACCAUCAUCAUACCCUUUGUGUGUGUGCGGGCUAGUAAAAGAACGCCAGCGUGGCGGGUUCACGGGAUUACCCCAGCGAAAGUCUUUGGCUUUGGCUUUGGUAUUACCGGCCAGGUGGUGGGAUGGACGAUGACUUCGAAAUCCGCCAACGCCAGAAGACGAUCAGCAUCCUUUCUCGAAGCCCGAUGGAACAGAUGGAGAAAUUAUGGCGUACACACUUCCCGAAAGUACGCAUGUUUAUCGGCCCGGAUUUUGGUUCAUUCCCGUUCGAGUGUGAAGCGAUAGUUGUGAUGCACAGAAUGCCACCACACGAGCAAGAAGCCAUUACAAGAGAAGAUGUGAGACUCUCGAAAGCCGACAGAAGUUUCAAGACUUCGCGGAUGAGAGAACUCUUUGGUUACUACGCUUUGUUUCAAGCCGCCCGAUGUGUCAACCCUAACGUUCUCCGCUACAUCCUGGAGCAAGGCGUCGACCCAAACGGUCCCCUGGGGGCUGAAACUAACGGCCUCCUGCUCUACGCCGCUGCCAUGAAUAGUGCGUGCGCCGUGCGACUCAUAAUAGCCGGUGGCUUUCGUUUUGAGGACUAUUCCGAGUACUGGUGAGUGUACUGUUGGUUAUGAAGACAUGUGCUAUAGAGCAUACAUAAUGCUUUCUGACAGACAGACAGACAGACAGACAGACAGACAGACAGACA